AGCCAGCUGAGAGAAAGGGUAGAGAAGACAAGAUGGCGGAGUGAGUGGGUUGCGCUUUGUACAUACGGUUGCGACCCUCGAAGUUUGUCACAAACCACUUGAAGGGACUAAAAAAGCCCGAAGAACCAACGCCGCCACUGGGAUUGUACUCGACGCGGCGCCUUCUGCCCCUCAGCACGGAGGAGGGACAGACGUUUUUUUGUUUUUUUCCCUUCUCCGCGGCGGCUAGAUGCUAACGUUGGCUAGCGUCCGAUUCGAAUAGGGCUGCUACUUCGAGGUGGCUGGUGGCGAGGGCCGUGCGUGAGGUCGGAGGGAGCUGUUGAUUUUUAUUCCUAGAGGCUCUCGCGGGCGACACUCCGUGUCUCUCGGAGGGUUUUUAUUGGUACUUGGUGGUCCCGUCGAGAAAGGGAACACCGCCAGGGGGGAAAUCUAUUUUCCACGGGGCCUGUUUGUGUUUGUUGUCGAGGGGGCAGCAGCUCGUCGCCAAGUGGACGCUCGGGACUCUGUAUGUCCUGCUGACACCUGGCCCAGGCCGUCACACACAGUUCCGUAAAGCGAGUCGAGCGGAGGUCGUCGUCCGGCGGACGCGAUGGCGAGCAGCAGCGGCUCCAAAGCCGAGUUCAUCGUCGGUGGGAAGUACAAGCUCGUGCGGAAGAUCGGAUCGGGGUCUUUCGGCGACAUCUAUCUGGCCAUCAACAUCACGAACGGAGAGGAGGUAGCUGUAAAGCUGGAGUCACAGAAAGCCAGACACCCACAGUUGUUAUACGAAAGCAAGCUGUACAAAAUCCUACAAGGGGGUGUCGGGAUCCCACACAUCAGGUGGUAUGGCCAAGAGAAGGACUACAAUGUCCUAGUCAUGGACCUACUUGGACCCAGUCUGGAGGAUCUGUUCAACUUCUGCUCUCGCCGCUUCACCAUGAAGACGGUCCUCAUGCUGGCAGACCAGAUGAUCAGCAGAAUUGAGUAUGUACACACAAAGAACUUCAUCCAUAGAGACAUCAAACCAGACAACUUUCUCAUGGGCAUCGGUCGUCAUUGUAAUAAGUGUUUAGACUCGUCAGUGGGGAAGAGGAAAAGAAGCUUGGCUGUUAGCUCUUCUCAGGACCCAUCUUUCUCAGGAUUAAACCAGUUGUUCCUUAUCGACUUUGGUUUGGCGAAGAAGUACAGAGACAACCGAACACGACAGCACAUCCCCUACAGAGAAGACAAGAACCUGACUGGCACAGCACGCUAUGCCUCCAUCAAUGCUCAUCUUGGCAUCGAACAGAGUCGCCGUGAUGACAUGGAAUCACUAGGCUAUGUGCUGAUGUACUUCAACAGAACCAGUCUGCCAUGGCAGGGAUUAAAGGCUGCCACAAAGAAGCAGAAGUAUGAGAAGAUCUCGGAGAAGAAGAUGUCCACCCCUGUUGAGGUCCUCUGUAAGGGUUUCCCAGCAGAGUUUGCCAUGUAUCUGAACUACUGCCGUGGCUUGCGCUUUGAGGAGGCUCCAGAUUACAUGUACCUACGCCAACUGUUCCGCAUCCUCUUCAGGACACUGAACCACCAGUAUGACUACACAUUUGACUGGACCAUGUUGAAACAGAAAGCUGCCCAGCAGGGGGCCACCACCGGGGGCCAGGGCCAGCAGGCACAAACCCCCACAGGCAAGCAAACUGACAAACCCAAGCCUAACAUGAAAGGUUUCUGAGUGUGUCUGCAGGAGCGUUGGUGACCAGGACCAACACGUGUUCCUUCCUGGACAAGCGACAAACAGAAAGUCUGUGUCUCUCCUUCCAUAAUAAUCAUCUAUGUAAUGGCAAUGUAUAGAUUGACACACGCCUUUGUCCGCUGUGUUCUCUAUAUAUUCAUGUGUAUAUAUAAUGAAACUCCACUCUAAAGAAAAAGCAGUUUUUUUGGAUGUGGAUGCUGUAGCCCCCUGCCCCACCCCAGUCCCAUCACCCCACCUACUCCUCCUCCUCAGUGUUGACUCUUUGUAAGGUUUCUUUGAAAACUCCAGUUAACAAGUUAGUCAGCUGUCCCUGUUUUUCUCUGCCAGUGGAAACAUCUCAGCAUUUCUCCUCCUUCACUCCUUAAUUAUUUCACUCCCAAAUGUUCCAAAAUGUAAACCCAACAACUCUUCUCCCCUUUUUUUUUCCUCCAAUAAUUGAAUGAUGCAACCCUGGAUGUUAUUUACUGAAAAAGCAAUGUCUAUUUUUCUUGUUUUCUUUUUGUUUUCCUAUGGUGAUUAGGAGUUUGCCUGUUGAUGAUAUAAGCAGCUAAAGGCAUCUGUCAGUGGUAGAAUGAUACUCUGGCUCUCUCCCUCUUUCUUUAGAGCUCUGAAUGAUUAUUAAAUCUGUUGUACAACCUUUGGUCUUCUCCAAAAAUACCAAUAAAAACAUUACAUAACUCGGA